AUGACCGAAUCAGAUAAGUUCGAGGUGUUGGAGAAGAUUGGCCAUGGCUCCUUUGGAGUGAUUCGACGAGUGAAGAGAAAGGCCGAUGGACUGGUCAUGUGCAGGAAGGAGAUCAGUUACUUGAAGAUGUCGCAAAAGGAGCGUGAACAACUGCAUGCCGAGUUCCAAAUCUUGUCGGGUCUCCGCCAUCCCAACAUUGUCGCCUAUUACCACCGGGAACACCUCAAACUAUCACAAGACUUGCACUUCUACAUGGAAUACUGCGGCAAUGGAGAUCUCGGUCGGGUAAUCAAGGACCUCCAACAGAAGAACCAAUAUGCUGAGGAGUCGUUUGUUUGGAGCAUCUUCUCGCAGCUCAUCAUGGCGCUCUACCGGUGCCACUAUGGUGUCGACCCCCCGGAGGUUGGCAAGAGUGUCCUUGGUCUGGGUGCGACGGCCAAGCCCAAGGCUCCGGUAGGUGGUAUGACCAUUUUGCAUCGGGAUCUGAAGCCUGAAAAUGUAUUCCUCAACGAGGACAACUCGGUCAAGCUCGGCGACUUUGGCCUCUCGAAAAUCAUGUCGGCCCACGAUUUUGCAUCAACUUACGUCGGCACGCCCUUCUACAUGUCUCCCGAGAUUUGCGCCGCAGAGAAAUAUACCCUCAAGUCCGAUAUUUGGGCCCUAGGCUGUAUCAUUUACGAGCUCUGUGCCCGUGAGCCCCCUUUCAACGCAAAGUCUCACUACGGACUCGUCCAAAAGAUCAAGGAAGGAAAGGUCGAAAACCUUCCCAAAGUCUAUUCGCAAGACCUUUACAGUGUCAUCAGGCAGUGCCUGAAAAUCAACCCUGACCACAGGCCAAGCACGGCUGAUCUUCUCAACAUGCCUGUUGUGCGCUUGAUGAGGAAGGAGAUGGAAGUGACUGACACAAACAAGAUCCUGCGAGCCAAGGAAGAGGGCCUUAAGAAGAAACUCGCCGAGCUCGAGCGAAAGCUGGCCAAUGUCGACGCCGACAAGUCGUUGAUGCGCCAUGAAAUUGAGGGUCAACUGAGGAGAGAAUGGGAAGUCAAGGCUCGCCUAGAGAUUGAUCGCCUGGUCAACGAAGAAAUGGAGUCGCUUCGUCAGCGUUUUGAAGCCGAGGUCUCCGUGCGGGUACAGGAGGAACUUCAAAAGAAGACUGUCUCGUUCGCUGCAGUAGAGAGUCACCAUUUCAACUCGUCUGCAACAAAAUCAGACUAUCCUCAUUCCAGUGCUGGCUUGAGUGCCAGCGGACACAGCACCGAUGGCGAGUUCCCAUCCACCACGGACAUCACCGAGCUCUCGAUAGAAUCGCCAGAGCCAGUGCAGCCUCUCAAGAAAAGUACCCGAACACCGUUCGGGCGCGCCCAAACCAUGUUCGCUGGCCCACUGGGAACCCCCAUGGACAUUGAGAUGGCCUCUCCGUCCCCCAUCCCUCUCGCAGCCCUGUCGUUGUCGCCUCGUCGCAUGGCCGCUACCAAGGCCCCUACAUCUCACCCUCAGACUAUCUUUGCUGCUGGUGACAGUGACCGAUUCCGCGAUGCUGAUCCGCUGGUAUCCGAGUCAGAAGACGAAGACGAUGAGCCCAUGGCCCCGUCUCCUUCGCGUCAACCGCGAUCGAUCAAGAAUCCUUUUGGUAUCAAACGUCCCAACCUCACGUCAAACAAGACCGCUCCAAUGGGCCAGACAAAGACCAACUCUUCAACCCUCAACAAGGGUCUUUCGUCGUUCCCUCCAAUUAAUGCGCAAAAGAAGACGGAAUGCAAUGCCCCUCUGCGCGAGCGUAACAACACUCCCAACAGGCGGUUGAGCAAGAUCCCUUCUGUUGCCAGCCUUGUAGGCGAGAACAGCAGCAACAUGGCACGCAAAGUGUCCACCAAGGACUGGGCCGAUACCUCGCCCAACAAGGUGCCUGCCAAGAAUAAUGUCCGUGGCCGGACCCUGAUUGAGCUGCAACAGGCCCGUGCUGGAGGCCGUGCUCCGGAUGUCAGUCCCAAGCGCACCAACUCGCUUAAGAGCCGUGCUGGCGCCGCCGAAAAGACCCUGGAGCCCGCCGCCGUGUGGGACCCUGAGAGGGAUGAGAUGCCCAGCCCCUUCUUGGUGCGAAGAAAGCCCAUGGCUAGGGUCUAA